GGUCGCGUUAACGCUUAGCCGUUCUAGAACGCAGGGACGCCUUAAACUACAUUACCCACAUCGCACCACCCGAAUUUUUUUACGUCAAAAACAACGCACUCGAACUCCAAGAUGGCGUCGUUGGGAAGGAGGCGCGGUGUCCCAGUGAACAGGGAGAGGGGAGUGAUGGCAGCAGCGGAGUGUUACAUCGUUCACGAAAUCUACAAUGGCGAGAACGCGCAGGAGCAAUUUGAGUAUGAGUUGGAGCAGGCGCUGGAGGCGCAGUACCGCUACAUCGUGAUCGAGCCCACGCGUAUUGGUGAUGAGACGGCCCGUUGGGUGGCCGUGGGGAACUGCCUGCAUAAGACGGCCGUGCUGGCUGGGGCCGCCUGCCUCCUGACGCCCCUGGCCCUCCCUGCUGACUACUCACGCUAUGUAGCGCUGCCGGCGGGGGCGCUGAGCCUGGCUUGUGCCACCCUUUAUGGCAUCUCCUGGCAGUUCGACCCGUGCUGCAAGUACCAGGUGGAGUAUGACAGCCAGAAGCUGUCUCGGCUGCCGCUGCACACACUCACCUCUUCCACGCCUGUGGUGCUGGUGCGGCGGGACGACGUGCACAGAAAGAGACUGCACAACACGAUAGCGCUGGCUGCCCUGGCUUACUGCGCCAAGAAGAUUUACGAACUGUACUCCGUAUGAGGCGCCGCUGCACAUACACACACACACAGACAUAUACACACAAAUACUGAUACGACAUUUCACACGCACUUGCACAUACACACUGGCUGGGGAGGUCAGAAACACUACUAAAUACAAACACCUGCAGACACAAGCAAACAACAGAAACGGGCAAACGGAUGCAUGAGUGGAGAGAGCGAUCGCAAGGAGCCAAAAAAAAAAGAACGAGCAGUGCUCUCCCUGUCUCUCUCUUCCCUCUGUGUUCUCAAACGGUGGAAGAGCGGAUGAACGGGCAGGAUGGGAGGAUGAACGAACAAGAUGAGAAGAAGGCUCAGGGGGGUUAUUGUAAAACUAGAAGUAAGAUUCUCCCCCCUCUCUUUUUUUCACCCCGUACUCAAGUGACAUCAGCAAUGCACUCGCCCCCCCCCUCUUCCGGUAUCACCCGGUCCCUCGGCAUCCUCCCAGCCUUGCCCCACCUAGCCCUGCCGCACACAUUGAGCCCCCCCUGCACCUGGGCAGUGACCCGUCGGGACCGCAAGCGUGUGCUGGACAGGCCAACAGACAGACAUGUUUUAAAGUAUGACCUUCGAACCCUGUCUCCCCUCCCCCCUUGUGUAGUUUUACUGUACCCUGCCUUGGCGCAUCACCUUUUCAUUAAACAGUAGGAGAUUUAACCUCAAAA